AUGGAGAAGAUAUUACACAGAGAAGUUGAGAAACAAAGGAGACAAGAAAUGGCUUCUCUUUACGCGUCUCUUCGCUCUCUACUCCCUCUCGAGUUCAUUCAGGGAAAGCGUUCAACGUCGGAUCAAUUAAACGAGGCGGUGAAUUACAUAGAGUAUCUGCAGAGGAACAUCAAGGACAUGACUUCCAAGAGAGAUGACCUCAUGCUAUUGUCUGGCCGAAGCUCUGAGCGUAGCAAUGAAGACUUUAGGAAUGAAGUUUCGAAUCAUGUUGUGGUUCGUCCAUGUUUGGUUGGCGUAGAAAUUUUUUUUAUCGUUCAGAGAACAUCAUUGUCAAGCGUUCUGCAAGUGCUUCGUGAACACGGUCUCUGUGUUCUUGGCUGCAUCUCCUCCAAUGUAAAUGAUAGACUCAUUCACACUGUACAGGCUGAGGUCAGCGAUCUGGCUUUAAUUGACUUAGCAGACCUUAAGGAUACAAUUACCCUAAUGAAGUGA